ACAGAAGACCCGUUUGUUAACGAACCUCUUGAACUCUGUAAUGAACGUCCUCUCGCAUCUGUAGCGCUAAACUGAAGCUUUUCAAGCGGGUCGAACAGGAUCAUUGCGGCAUUAUGAACUUUUAACGCCGGACACCUAGAAUCUGUCAGGAGAUUAAGGUACAGGCCAGCAGCUGCCAGCUUGGCGGGAGGAGCAUUUCCUGGCCUGAAUGCGAACCGACUGCAGCUGGAGCAUGUCCACUGCAGGCUUGACUGCCCAGGAGAUCUGUUUACCCGCGCAAAGCCUAUUACUGCGGGGCAGCCAUUGGCAUAGCAUGGCCGGAGCUAAGCCCUCUUGGAAAUACCAUGAUCUACACAACGUAUACUUCACCAUUGAUUCUUCUAUGGAUUAUAACCUUCAGUCCCGGCAACAGGUGCUGCCAUCAUUCCCAGGAGCGGAAAAGCAGCAGACUCCUCUUCAGUCACCAAACAGCCCAGGAGGACAGCCCUUGCCCCCCAAAAAGCCCAGACCUUCCCAGCUCACGUUGCACAUGGACCCUUUCACGUCCAGCCCUGCCAAAGACGACCAAGUGGUUCCCUGCUUUCAACGUUUAACGGUAUCCGACUGCAUUAGUCCACCCCAGACGCCCAGCCGAGUCACCAAACCCCUUCCCCCAAUUCCCGGCUCAGCAGAACUUUCCCCGGAUCAGGCUAUGGACAGUGAGGUAGAGUUCUUCAAUGGAGAUGACAAUCGCCGCCUAGUUUCCGAACCUUGCUCCAAACUCUCUCCGUUCCGCUACGGAAUGCCCAGUCGAAGGAGUUGUGGACAGAUUAGGGGCUAUGGACGGAUUAACUAUGCAUACUUUGAAGGUCCAACAUCCCAGCAGAAGCCACAGCUACAGCCGCAAAAGCCAAGGCAGGAGCAGGAAACUCAGCAGAGGGAACAGGAGCUCCGUGACCACCACCACCUCCAACAGCAACAGCAGCAAAACUGUCUCCGACAGCAGGAGCGUACGCAAAGGAAGCUGCGGCGCUCCCAUUCUGGUCCCGCUGGCUGCUUUAACAAACCCACCUCCUUCCGGCUGUCCAGUCACCACCGGAACACACAAGGCCUGGAUAAACCGGAAGUUCCUCCCCGAGUUCCAAUUCCACCACGACCAAUCAAGACGGGAGACUACCGCCGCUGGUCAGCCGAAGUGUCAUCGGGAGCCAACAGCGAUGAUGACCGACCUCCGAAAGUACCUCCUAGAGAACCUUUACCCGGAAGUAGUUCCCGCACCCCGAGCCCAAAGAGCCUUCCAGUGUACCUCAACGGGAUCAUGCCCCCAACACAGAGCUUUGCCCCGGACCCAAAAUAUGUCAGUCGCGGCCUGCAGCGACAGAAUAGCGAAGGUUCCCCGUGCAUUCUGCCCGUCAUGGAGAACGGCAGGAAAGCAAGCACCACGCACUACUUCCUUUUGCCACAACGUCCGUCAUACCUGGACAAACAUGAGAAGUAUUUUACGGACAGCACAGCGAGUCGAGGCACGGACGCCUCCGAUUCGAGUUCCGACUGGGACUGUCACAGCAAAAGGAAAACGACGCACCAAAUAGACUUGGUAUGAAAUAGCUGGUUUGUCUGACAACCCCCAAGACUUUCCCGCUGCUUUGUCGCAGCUUUGCUCUAGCGCUCUGAGCGAGUUACGUAUGAAUUGCAGUUACUGGGAUUUCUCUUGUUUUGCUCUCAGCCUGGAAACAGUUCUAACAGUUCUCUUAGAGCGAGCUCGGAAACUAUUUUUUUUUUUUUUUUUUUUUUUUAAUUGUUAUGUGAAAUGUAAGUGUUGAAAAGAUAACAUGGUGCAGUUGUUUGGUAUUAGCUGGUCUGGUACCUCCAUACUUCAGUGUUGUAAAUUUUCGUAGCCAUUUUAUAUUGCAUUGAAGAUUAUUUUUAUGUCUCGGAACAUGUAGUUGAACACGUUCAUCUGAUCAUAGGGACAUAGGGUCAGUAAAUGCUCUCUGUUUGUAUCGUCUACCAUAUAUGAAGUAUAAAAACGGCCUGAAUUUUUCACGGCCGGCAUUUUAAAUGAAGGUUAUUCCAUCUCACUGCAUAAUGCAUGCAAGCACGAAAUCUGACACAUGCACACUAUUUCGCAGUUCUUCUGUUGGACUAAUGAUCUCACCUUUUUUGUCUGUACAAUCUGUGGUCUUUAUUGUGUGUUACAUAGGAACAAGCUAAGUAUCGCUUUUCUGUUCUAAGCUGUGUGUGUGUGUGUGUGAGUGAUACGAAAGCUGAAUGUGUUACAUUUGCCCAGUUUUGGCACUACUUUUUAAGCUUUUAUAAGCUGCUUAAAACGGCAGCUGAAAUGUUGCCCUCUGAAUGAACAGAGUAUUUCCGAUCCCUGGCUUCUCGCUGAGGUGUAGUGUGUUCUUUUGUUGCACAAAAAUCAAUACUUGCAAAACCUGUGAAUGAGUUUCUCUCCUCUUUUAAAGUGCUGUCUCCACGUGAAGCUGUGAGCUAUUUGAUUUCUCAAGUACUACCUCCCAUUAUAAUUCUACUUCAUUAAAUACCCAACUACGGAUUACAAAGGCUCUACAAAUACAACCUCUUUUGACGCACACAGGUCCAUACGAAGAAACGGUUGCCGCUGAUCUAUAUUUCUUCAUGUUUUGCCCCUUUCAAAGCAGUCAGUCAUUAACACUUCCUCAAUGAACACAUCUUAGACCAAUUUUUAAGAGCUACGUGGCGUUAAAGUCCAUGUGUGGUGCGUUUGGCCAAGCUCACACAUACUGAUCUUCCUGUUACUGUAUGUGCAUUCCUGUUAGACGUGAUUACAGUGGGUGUGGGCACCAGAGACUUUGGCUGCUGGCAGCUGGUGAAUGAGAUGUUUUAUUAUUCUAUAUUGAUUCCAGAACCAUCGUGAUAACACAGUAAAUGUAGCAAGUGCCAUGCAAUUUAAAAAUGGGAAAGUAAGACUAUAAAACAUGCUGUUUGGAAGCUCUGAGGUCAAGUAAAACUUUCCACCUCACGUAGGGAUUUGAACUUAUUUGAUGCCAUGUUUUUACCCUUCAUUUUACCAGUUUGUAUAUCAGGAAAUGUUUACAUUAUAUAUCGUUAUUUUCCUUUAGCAGUCUUACUUAAAAAAAAAAAAAUGAAGGCAAGUUCAAGAAGAAAUAGACAUCUCUGCUGUGUUGUGUGUGUAUGCGUGUGUGUGUGUAUAUAAAUAAAUAUAUAUAUAUAUAUAUAUAUAUAUAUAUAAAGCAAUGUGCACUGAGAAAACAGUAUGUCGUGAUGUGUAAAAGUAUUUAACAUCGUCCUCUUACCUAAACUGAAUAGUUUUUAGUGUAUUGUAUCCUUUUAAAGUCAUAAAAAUAAAUACUUAUUUAUGAAUCAA